GGUAAAUGACGCCGCUGACGACAGAGGACUUGACCGACACUUCACGUAACCCAUACAGUAACGAGACAGAAGCAGCAGUACUAUAUAAUGAGCAUUUUGCGACAAACUCAGUUUAGUUCGAUUGAAAUUACUACAGAAAUCAGAAGUACUAGGAAGCGAACGUCCUCGAGAGGGCCGUCUAGCAGAGUAACAACAGUCAAUCAGAGAUCUCAGUAUUAGAAUCACGAUGAAAUUGGCAGUAGCAACACCUUUGAUCGCAUUCUUCACAUUGGACAUCAUAGUGGAAACAGCAGCCCGAGCAGCGCACGAUGGGAAAUAUAACAAACAGAAGUAUGGCAACGGAAACCACGGCAAAUACGUGCACACAAAUGGAGGUAAGGUAGCUCUGACCGAUAGUUUAAGUUUGCACACUACUGGCACACACAUAAUGCACCACAAUUGGCCGAAUCACCCGCACACCGAUUGGCGCUCCGUAGGUGACUACGUAGAAGAUUUGGAUCGCUAUCGCUACGUUCACUACGACGAUGGCGAUCGAGGUCGCUACAUCCAUGUGCAUGUUCCAUACGACGGCGGAUACGGCAACUACGAGGGUGGUCACGAACCCUUCCGUAAUCCGCCGUACGAUGCCUCUGGAUUGUAUGCGUACGUUCAGAAACCGAAAAACGAAUCCUGUUUACGGUUGCUAGAACAGUAUUCUAACACUUGCAGCGAUUCCAGCUUGAACAAUCCGUUCAAAGCCAAUGAAUUCGAUAUUAGGCAACCGUCAAUCUACCUGGAAUACGGAACUCCCGAACCAGAAUAUGUCGACGCUUCUUCACGGCAGGAGAAACUUACAUCGGCAUCGUCGGCUGGGCAACUUGAUCCACGAGCAUCGACCUUCCCUGGUACCUCCUAUCUUCCUGUUCCAAAGCCAGCAGCUGAGUACGGUCCUCUCGAACGAACAAAAUUCAGUAUUUCUGCGAAACCGACAAAAUCAACGUCCCUUAGAACCAUCGAUAUUGGCUCAGUAUCGCUCACAACCACCGGUCAGGAAUCAAAACUCAGUCUUGUUACCGAGAAUCCUGAAACUACACGAACUCACGUCACCCUGUCCAAAAGAGUAAUACCGGAAGUGACAGACACGACAGCCACAACGGAGACUGCUCCGGCUACCACCAGAACCACAACGACCCCUACAACCACGAGAUCCUCCACCACUUCAACGACCACUCCAAAGACCACGGCGACAACAACAUUCACCACAGCAGCAAUUUUGUUAGAACCUCGGUUAUCGAUCGGCGAACAGCUUCAUCAAUGUCGAUCAGAACUUCAAACGGCUCUCCUCAAGCUGAGCCAUAACGAGCGUUCCAAAUGCGACUAAUCCACGCGCAACGAGAAAAUCAUCUUUGCAUCUCAACGUACACCCAAAGUGAGUGAUCGUGGAAUUUGAAAAUCAAAUUUGCCCCUUCUUCGGUUGAUGAAAGCAUUGCUGACUAAUCCGACACCCCUAUAGCUUUAAGAUAUUUAUUUCCAUCUGUGAAACAUCGUUGAGUAUUGUAAUAAAAAUGAAACACAAUAAAACCAACAGAGGCGGCUCUUCGGCGGGGACGAGACCGUCCAUUUGUAUGUAGUGUAAUAAAUUUGAUAGAUUUUUAAGAGAAUUUAUGUAGAAACAUAUGCUUCUGACACUUACGACUAUAGCCGAUUAUUGGGUUUGAUUUAGUGAGGUGAAUCAGGAAUGCAUAUUGGAGGGUUGGAUCAGUGGUGUCAUGAUAAAAUCAGAGCUGGUUACUCAAGGUUAGCAAAUUAUAGCGCUCCAGAUACUGGUACGCCCGCAUAAAAAUGACUUCAAUAUUUAAGAUUUUUUCGGGGAACUCACUCAAUAAGUUUUAAUUUCAAGUUUUUUUUUUCAGUAGGUAUUUAUCGUAGAAGGUGCAUUCUUGCAGAAAUUCCUUUUAUGAGUUCAGCAACAAUUCUUCUAAAUA